CCUAGUCAGCGUUGAAUGUUAUCGAAAACGAAACACGGGAAUUCCACUCGGAUAGGAUUAUUUAUUUAUUUCCGACAUUUUGUGGCAUAUACUGAUGUUUUUAUAGCCUCAAACAUUGAGAAAUGGAGAAGUCCAAAAUGAUACAAAAGUACUUUAUAAAAGCAAUUAUUUUUGUAAUAUUGACUUGAAAAUGUGGAAAAUAUAUUGUAAAUUCGGUUGGACGCCAAGAUGAUAUUAGCAUCUGAGAGUUGUGGAUGAGAUUAACAAAUGGCUUCUUUAAACCAACACGAUCUUUCUCUGGGCCACUUUGCUCAGUGUGAAGUGAGAGGGGCCAAAACAAAAGAAUUUCUUCUAGCAGCUAAAACUGGUGACUGUACAAAAUUAGAACAUUUAAUUAAUGAUGGGUGUCAUAUUCACGCUGUUAAAAGUAAUGGAUCCAAUGCGUUAAUGUUGGCAUCUAAAAAUGGGCAUUUACAAAUUAUACAGCUUUUAAUUAAAAGUGGUAUAGAUGUUAAUGUUAAAAAUAACAAAGGAUGGGAUGCAUUAAUGAUAGCCUCAAAAUAUGGACGUGAUGAAUCUGUGGAACAUUUAAUCCAAUGUGGUUGUGAUGUGAACGCUGUUAAAAACAAUGGCUGCAGUGCAUUAAUGCUAGCUGCUGAAAGGGGAUUUGAAACGACUGCCGAUAUUUUAAUUCAAAAUAAAACUGAACUUCAUACAGUUAACAUUGAAGGGUGGAACGCUUUAAUGUUUGCAUCUAAUAACGGACAUACAAGAACGGUAGAACUUUUAAUUAAUAAUGGGGCUGAUGUUAACACGUUGAAUACAUCUGGAAAUAAUGCACUAAUGUUAGCCUCUGAAAAUGGACAUAGGGAAGUGGUAGAACUUUUAAUUUUAAGUGGUGCUGAUGCAACAACCAUUAACAAUAAUGGAAGCAAUGCAUUAAUGCUUGCUUCUAAAAAUGGACAUGACGAUACGGUAGAAGUUUUAGUUCAAUGUGGGAUUGAUGUGAAUGUUGUCAAAAAUAAUGGAUGGAAUGCCCUUAUGCUAGCUUCUAAUUACGGACAUGCAGCAACUGUACAACUUUUGAUACAAUGUGGAGGUGGUGUUAACGCUGUUGAUGCUGAUGGAUGUAAUGCCUUAAUGCUGGCGGCUAAAUCUGGACAUGUAGCAACCGUUCAGAUGUUAGUUGAAAGUGGAGCUGAUAUUAAUGCAGUAAACAAUCAAGGCUACACGGCAGAGAAGUUAGCUUCAAAACUCAAAUAUGACAACAUCAUUAGAGUUCUAAAAACUUAUCAUAGCCCCUCGUCUACGGAUUUAUCUGUUGAAGCUACAAAUGUAGGACAAACCAAUCCGGUGGGCAGGAUGGUACAUGCAGUAAACUGUCAACAGAACAUACCAAAUACCAUUUGCGAAGGAGAUAUACUAUCCCAGCUUAGUGCACAACACGCUGACCUAAGCUUAAACACAAAUGAAGACAACAGCGUUGGGGCAGAAGAAACAGAGUUUAAACAAACUGUGGCAUCUGACAGGUCGUUGACCCCGGAAGUGGCAGGAAACCUAGCACCAGGUCCAGGACACAGACUUCCAAUGUGUCGCUGUUGUGGCACGUGUCAUCUGCCGAGGUCAUGUCCAGCUUACGGUCAAACUUGUGAGAACUGUGGGAAGAAGAACCACCUGACAUCUGUGUGUUGGGUAACCUUGGCAACAGCUCGGGCUAGCUCACAAUAUCGAGCAAACGAUGGUGGGACUGUAAUCCUACAGGCUGCUUGUAAUGCUACACCACGCUCAUCUCAAAUAAGAAAUAAUGCCAUCAACGAUGAUCUCUUCGGCACAAAUUAUCGUUGCGAGUUUGACCUAACCUUUAAUACAAAUGAAGACACGAGCGUUGGAGCGGAAGAAACCGAGUUUAAACAAACUCUAGCAUCUGACAGGUCGUUGACCCCGGAAGUGGCAGGAAACCUAGCACCAGGUCCAAGACACAGACUUCCAAUGUGUCGCUGUUGUGACACGUGUCAUCUGCCGAGGUCUUGUCCAGCUUACGGUCAAACUUGUGAGAACUGUGGGAAGAAGAACCACCUGACAUCUGUGUGUUGGGUAACCUUGGCAACAGCUGGGGAUUGCUCACAGUAUCGAGAAAACGAUGGUGGGACUGUAGGUCUACAGGCUGCUUGUUAUGCUACACCACGCUCAUCUCAAAUAAGAAAUAAUGCCAUCAAAGAUAAUCUUUUCGGGACAAAUUAUUGUUGCGAGUUUGACCUAAACUUCAAUACAAAUGAAGACACGAGCGUUGAAGCGGAAGAAACAGAGUUUAAACAAACUCUAGCAUCUAACAGGUCAUUGACCCCGGAAGUGGCAGGAAACCUAGCACCAGGUCCAGGAAACCGACGUCCCAAGUGUCGCUGUUGUGGCACGUGUCAUCUGCCGAGGUCUUGUCCAGCUUACGGUCAAACUUGUGGCAACUGUGGGAAGAUGAACCACCUGACAUCUGUGUGUAGAGUAACCUUGGCAACAGCUGGGGGUAGCCCAGUUGAGGUGACAGUUCAGAGAUCAGGCAGUGUAUCAGCUAUUGCCAGAGGAAAUACAACUGAACAGCCCCUCUUAAGAUCGCAGAGUGAAACCUGUAUCCGGAGCACUGUUUGCUAUUGUUGUGGCACCAGUCAUCAACGUCGACAAUGUCCAGCUCUUGGUCAAACUUGCAGCAAAUGCGGCAAGGUCAAUCACUUCACUGCUGCGUGUAAAUCGUCUGCUAAAACAUCCCCCACUCAAAGUCAAACGCCGGAAGGUUCCAUCACUUCAUCUGCAUCUCUAGAUCAAGACAAACCCAUUCAUGGCAAACUACAAGAUCAACAUUACUCUCUAUUACGUUCAAACUACACAUUUCUAGUUGAAAAUAUAGAUUCAAAGUCUAUAGUAAACCAUCUCUUUUCGAAAAACAUUCUAGAUUUCAAUAACAAACAGCUAGUGACAAGUAAAGCGACUCCUGGGGAAAGGACCGAAGCCUUGUUGGAUAUAAUUCUUAAUGCGGGGCCGAGGCGAGCCUUUCCUGAGUUUAUAAACGCUCUUAAAGAUGAAUAUCCACAUAUAGCUGAAAUACUGAGCGAACUGGUGUAACGAAUAGGCCCUACGUGUUCUUAAUGAUUGGGGUUGAUUUUAAACUUAGUGUGAUCAAAGUGUGAUAAGGAGGAUUAUUCCUGAACACAACAACAAGAUCAAUGCAGUUCUUAUACUUGCCUUGACUAAACCUACUCCCGUUUGGUAAUCAGUGUUAAGUUAAAAUUGGGUUUAGUUCAGGAAAGAGGUGGGAUUUAUUUUUUUUUUGCAUUGUUUCUUUAAAAUUCUGGCAGUUUCCGGUAACCAAAGUUAAUUAGCAAUAGAGGAUGGAAUUAAGAUGUGGGACUAAUUAAUGACAGCUGUGAUAUAAAAUGUAGCGCGAUCAAUGGCAGUGUUUAUUUGUGAUUAAUUACGCUUAGUGACGUGUCUUAAUUAAAUUAUGUUUUCAUUAACUGAAAAUAAAUUUCUAUCUUUCGUUUAUUUUAGUGUCUCAAACUGUAUUCACCAUACAACUUAAAGAAAAAGUUGUCUUGUUGUCCGAUAAUAAACUGGAGUUAGCACACUUACUCAAAUAAAAUGAUGUUGAGAGUAAUGAAGGAGAUAGAUUGUAAUAACACAAUUUCAACGUGUUAAUGCAAUAUAACACUUUGACAGCAUAUAAUUAUAUACACUGAUACAAACAUAUUCAAUAACGUA